UUUGCGAAAAUACGCAAAAAUGAAAUAGAAUCAGAGAUCGAAGAAGGGGAGGGAGAAGAGAGUGAUGCGGAGGUCAGCCGUGUCUCUUCUCCGAUCUCGUAGAGAUUUCUCAACUUCGAGCUCAUAUAACAUCGUGGCCUCCGUUCUCUUCGAGCGCUUGCCCGUUGUCAUCCCCAAAAUCGAUCCCGUGGUCUACGCGUUCCAAGAAUUCUCGCUUCGAUGGCAGCAGCAGUAUCGGAGGAAGUAUGCUGAUGAUGUUUUGGGGAAGGGUGAUGCCAGGGGGAAAGGUGAUUAUCAGAUUGAUUAUGAACCAGCUCCAAGGAUCACCGAAGCUGACGAGAAAAAUGAUCGGAGGUCAUUGCAGAGGGCACCUGACAGAAGACUCUAUCUUCUCCUUUAUGGUGCACCAUAUGGAGCUUCUGACAAGAAGCCUGUUUGGCAUUUUCCACAAAAGGUUUAUGAAAAUGAAGAAAAUAUGCGGCUGUGUGCGGAAUCAGCAUUGAAAUCUGUACUUGGAGGGCUGCUUCAUACAUAUUUUGUGGGAAAUGCUCCCAUGGCUCAUGUGACAGUAGGGCCAACAGAAGACUCACCGGAUACUCCAUCCUUCAAGCAAUUCUUUUUCAAAUCACAAGUAAUUGGGACCAGCAAGCUUAGCAUUGGAAAGUGUGAGGAUUAUGUCUGGGUAACAAAGGAUGAACUGAUGGAAUAUUUUCCAGAAAAAGCGUCAUUCUUCAACCAGAUGAUCAUUAGCUGAAAGACAAUCACCAAGGUGAUAUGAAGCAAAUAGUUAACCAACACAGGCAUAUUCGCCGUCAUCUGAAUGUUCUUGACGAUUAAGUCUAAAUCUGGAUUCAAGGUAGAAUCAGAUAUUCUUAACUGUGCAAGAAAAAUGUAAGCAUUAUAUCUCAUGAGGGGCCAUUUUUCAUCUGUAAACAGGAUAGGCUUGUCUAAGCUGCGGUCAAUUUUUCCUUUCUGAUUUAUCUGUAGCAACGAGUAGCACUUUGUGCUAUGCUUUUUAUCAAAAUAAGAAUAUUUGAGAACUAUUUGAGAACUAUUUGAGAACUGUUGCUUUAUUAAAACUUCCA